CGAGCGCUUGUAAAGUGUGCGGUCAUGUCUGGUAGAGGCAAAGGCGGGAAGGGGCUCGGCAAAGGUGGCGCUAAGCGCCACCGCAAAGUGCUGCGCGACAACAUCCAGGGCAUCACUAAGCCGGCCAUCCGGCGCCUGGCUCGUCGUGGCGGCGUGAAGCGCAUUUCGGGGCUCAUCUACGAGGAGACACGCGGUGUACUGAAGGUCUUUCUGGAGAACGUGAUCCGCGACGCUGUCACCUACACGGAGCACGCCAAGAGGAAGACGGUGACCGCGAUGGACGUGGUGUAUGCUUUGAAGCGCCAAGGACGCACUCUCUACGGCUUCGGCGGUUAAGUUCCGGUUGCAAACCGUACGCUGUCAAAACAAAAAGGCUCUUUUAAGAGCCACCCACAAAUUUCACAACGAGAGCUGGUU